AUGAAGAUCGCAUCUCUCCCCUCGUUUGGGAUUGCCGCCAUCGUCUGGCUCACCAUUGGUGGUGCCGAAGCCGGUUCCGUUAAGAGGAAUGACGCCAAUACGAGUGGCCAGGAACAAGAAAUUGGCAGCAUUGGAGCCGGCAAUCAUCAAGAUGUUUUCUCUUUGAUGCUGCAACUAGAGAAUACCGUUACCAGUCUUCAAAAGAGAGUCGAGGCAAUGGAAACAGUUGUGAAGGACAUUUUGACCACUAUUGACUUCAAUACAGCAGAUGUCAGUGAGCAUGGCGAGAAGAUUGCAGUCAUGGAAGCUCAGCUAGAUCAGCUGCAGGAAUUCAACAUCCAGGGCAGUAUGGGGCUCCAAGGGCAUCGUCAUCUGGCGUCUACCUUGGAAGAAGUGAUUGCCAAGACAGCUUGCAUUACCGAUAGAAGUGAUGAUACCAUGCUUUAUCUAGACUCCUCCUGUGCUCUGAAUGUUGAGCUAAAGGAAUACCAGUGCAUCCCAAACCAAGCCAGUGCAUAUGAUGCUGUGGACAAUGUUACAAUGGCUGAGGAAACCUAUGGGCCAGUACAUGAUUGGUGCUUUGAUGCCAUGUCCUUGAAGGAACUCCUCAGCACACAAAGAAAUGAUGCUAUGAGCUCAUUCAAUGAAGACAUUAGUCGCUGGGAUAACUACAUGUUUCACAGCGCUUCCGCAUUCUCCCAGGAGAUUGGUACUUGGGAUACAAGCAAGGUUACAGAUAUGAGAUUCUUGUUUAAUGGAGCUCAAAACUUCAAUGGGGACAUAUCCAUUUGGGAUGUCAGUAAUGUUCAGAGUAUGGCAUACAUGCUAAAGGCCACAAGUUUCAACCAUAAUGUCAGCUCCUGGGAUGUUAGCAAAGUAACUCUGAUGGGGAAGCUGUUUUACGGUCUAUCUGAAUUCAACUAUGACAUUUCAGGCUGGGAUGUGAGCAAAGUACAAAGCUUCUAUGAGACUUUCGCCAAUGCAGGCACUUUCAACCAAGACUUGUCCAACUGGGACAUAAGCAGUGCAACCUCAACACACCAAAUGUUCACAGGUGCCUCUGCUUUCAAUAUUGACUUGUGUUCCUGGCAAUCGAAGCUUGAUACCACACGCAACAGUGUAAGCGACAUGUUCUCUGGAACGUCUUGUGACAAGGAUGAUACCCCUGGCUUUUUGUAUGGAUAUUGGAGUGACCUCUGUCACGAAUGUGUUAUUCCUUCGGAAGCACCAACCGACUUUCCUUCCACGAGUCCAAGCACCAGUGUUCCAACAGAUUCUCCAAGCACUCUACCAACAUCAAGCCCUCAUCCAUCCAUUCGUCCAACAGAAAGUCCUAGUGUGAGUGUCAGUCCAACCACCAGUUUCAGUCCAAGUGAAAGUCCUAGCUACCAGCCGAGCAAAUCACCAACCAGUUCCCCAUCACAGACUCCUAGCAUAUCACCAUCCAAAGCUCCAACCGCAACCCCCUCUGCUGUUCCUACCAAAAGCAAAAGCCCCAGCAGUACUCCUAGCGUCAGCCCUAGUGUCAGUUUCCAGCCAAGCAUUGCACCCACCUAUGCGUGUAUUUCGGACCAAGCCAAUGCCUAUGCAGCUGUGGAUGACAUUCCAAGUGGAGAGGAAAUGUAUGGGCCAAUCUACAACUGGUGCUUUGAACAAAUGUCAUUAAGUGAGCUAUUCAGCUUGGAAAGGAAUGCGAACAUGAGCAGUUUCGAUGAAGACAUUGGGGGUUGGGAUGUUAGCCAGGUGACAGGAAUGGUCAAAAUGUUCGAUGGUGCUUCCUCGUUCAACCAAAACAUUUCAAGCUGGGAUGUCAGCCAGGUCUCUGGUUUGGGCAGGAUGUUCCAUGAAGCCAUUCUCUUCAACCAAGAUAUCUCUAGCUGGAAUGUGAGCCAGGUAACUGGCAUGUGGGCUGUCUUUCGAGAAGCAUCUGCAUUUAACCAAGAUAUUUCUAGCUGGGAUGUUUCCAGAGUAACCUCCUUAUCCAACAUGUUCAAUGGUGCAACCUCAUUCAAUCAAGAUAUCUCCAACUGGGAUGUGAGCCAAGUUACUUCAAUGGGGCAAAUGAUCCGGAAAGGCUAUGUCUUCAAUCAGGAUUUGUCUGACUGGGAUGUGAGUCAUGUGGCCAACGCCCAUGCAAUGUUUGAGCUUGCUUCUAGUUUCACCAAGGACAUGUGUGCCUGGAGUACAACUUUGCCUCUGACAGCGGACGUGGAAGAUAUGUUUGGUUCUACAAAAUGUGCUGAUUUCCUUGGCACUCCCACUCUUUGGGGCAGUGCCUGGGCAUCCAUGUGUACUGGUUGUCUCUAA